CGCACCCUGGUGGAAAACCAAGGACCUGCAGGCGCUUGGUUCCGGCUCCGCCCCCCGGGCCAAAGCCUUCCAGGUCACCUGUGAGCCUCCGCCCAAUGACCCGAAGCGGAGGCGGUGGCGCCCGGGACUAAGCCGGGGAUCUUGGAGGGAGACAGGAUGGCUUCGUGGAGCUCUGACACCCCGUGUUCCUGCGAUUGCUUUGUUUCCGUGCCCCCGGCCUCGGCCAUCCCAGCUGUGAUCUUUGCCAAGAAUUCCGACCGACCGCGGGAUGAGGUGCAGGAGGUGGUGUUUGUACCGGCAGGCACUCAUGCCCCUGGCAGCCGGCUCCAGUGCACCUACAUUGAGGUGGAACAGGUGUCAAGGACUCACGCUGUAAUCCUGAGCCGCCCUUCUUGGCUGUGGGGGGCUGAGAUGGGCGCCAAUGAGCAUGGUGUCUGCAUUGGCAAUGAGGCAGUGUGGACCAAGGAGCCAGUUGGAGAGGGGGAAGCCCUACUAGGCAUGGACCUACUCAGGCUGGCUUUGGAACGGAGCAGCUCUGCCCUGGAGGCCUUGCGUGUGAUCACAGACUUGCUGGCGCGCUACGGGCAAGGGGGCAGCUGCCGGGAGGACCCCACACCGUUCUGCUACCACAACACAUUCCUGCUGGCUGACCGGACUGAGGCGUGGGUGCUAGAGACGUCAGGGAGGCUGUGGGCCGCACAGAGGAUCCAGGCAGGGGCCCGUAACAUCUCCAACCAGUUGAGCGUAGGCACGGACAUCUCGGCCGAGCACGCAGACCUUCGGACCCAUGCCCUGGCCCAGGGCUGGUGGGAUGGGCAGAGCACUUUUGACUUCGCUCAGGUCUUCUCCCUGACCCAGCAGCCUGUGCGCAUGGAGGCUGCCAAAGCCCGCUUCCGGGCCGGGCAACAGCUUCUGCAGCAGCAACAAGGGGGCAUCACGGCAGAGGUGAUGAUGGGCAUCCUCAGGAACAAGGAGAGCGGCAUCUGUAUGGACUCUGGAGGCUUUCGCACCACGGCCAGCAUGGUGUCUAUCUUGCCCCGGGAUCCCACACAGCCCUGCGUCCACUUCCUCACCGCUACUCCAGACCCAUCCAGGUCAGUGUUCAAACCUUUCAUCUUCGGGGCGGGGGCGGCCCAGGCCCCCCAGGUGCUGUCCCCCACUUUUGGAGCACGGGACCCUGUUCGGACUCAGCCCCGAUUCCAGACUCAGGUGGAUCGCCGGCACACCCUCUACCUCCGGCACCAGGUGGCCCUGGGGCUGAUAGAGAGCGAGCAGAGGGAAGCCUGUCCCUGGGACCCAUCUCCACCUUUCCUGGGCAGGAUCGGGGGCGGCAGCUCCGGCAGAAGCAGCGGGAUCUGGAGCAGGAGGGCCUGGAGGCUGCGCGGCGGCUGCUUUCCGGGGAGCAGGUGCCACCCCCACAGGAGCUGGGCGGCCUCUUCCAGGCCUUUGUGGAAAGGGAGAGCCAGGUGUAUGCCUGAGCACCACGGGGCCGGGGUGGGCACAGGACCUCAGUGCAAUCCCUUUGCUCCCCUCAGCCUUGUUUUGGGUGGCCAGCUUGGCCUUUGCCUCAAUAAAGUAUGUUAUUUCCCUGUUCAGUGAA